GUUCUAACAACAUUAUUUUAGGAAUGUUCUAUAAGCAUAUUGAAAGAAUAUCCACUAUGCAUCUAUAUGCAGUGGCGUAGCCAGGAUUUUGUCUUGGGGGGGAGGGCAAGCGCCGCAGGCGCGAAAUUUUCGGGUGCCACGCCCCUUUUUCAGGUUUUUCAGGUUUCUUUACGUUAUUUUUGGGACUGUUUAUCUUAAUUUUGAAGAAAUAUUCAUAAAAUUUAGGGGUCUUGGGUACGCCAGUGUCUAUAUGUACUUUUUUAGUACAUUUUUCGCAUGUGGAUAUUACCUUAUUGUGCCUAGUCACUAUAAACCUAAGCUAUACAACCCUUUAUUAUUUUUACAUACAUUUUGGAUAUUUUUACAGAGUUCUGCUGGCACAAGUAAACUAACCAAAUUUCCUUCUGUACCUAAAGACUUGAAUAAUACAUCCAAAGACAAUAACAUCGAAAAAGUGAGAAAUGAGAAUGAUCCGACUAGUAUAGUUAUAUAGACUAUGUACCAAGGCAAAAAAAUAUACAUUUACUGAACCUUGAAAGUUUUUAUUAAU